UGAGACUGGAGAAUAUGAGGGUGAGAUCCGAGGCCCCUGUGGUCACACACUCCACUACCGUCACUAAUGAUCAAGCUACCAUUGUCCAGAACCAGCCAGGUGUGUCCACCCUCCAGCUGACCAACACCACCUUCAAGAGAACCGUCCUGCCAAGCUGGCGUCCAGAGAAAAUUGCUUCUGGUCAACCACAGCCACUGCCUCAGUUGUCCAGUGUGUCCAAAACAAUCACAGGUUACCAGUCCAGACAUAUUAAGCAUGGUACAGGUCCUGUGGAGAUGUCCACUGGACACACCACCAAUGUAACUGACCAGUCCAAGUGGCCAAAGACAGAACCAACCGCACCAGAAUCUCAUGUGCCUCCAUGUGUUGGAAUGGAGACUGAAGUUGCCACAUCCCCACACCCCCUGAAGAGGGAAAAACCACGUAAAUCUGUGUGAAGCAGGAAUUCAGCUUGAAGAAGUCACGGAAGAGGAAGAGUGCCCCUUUUAUACCUGUCCAUCUUUUGCCAAAGUUACCACCCCUGCCAAGUCUUGAGUUGCCAGAUCUUGAUGCUGACGUCUCCAGUGGUAAGAAGAGGAAAGGCACAGUGUCUGCUCCCAUAGGUAA